GCGGCUGGAGAGGAGGGCGCCCCCGGCGGGGGAGGCUCGUCCGUGGUUUCGGGCGACGGCGAGUUGGUGAGCGCGACCGGCACUUGCACGGCGACGGAGCGCCAGUCAGGCCCUUGCCGAGUGCGGUUGCGCUUUCUCCCGAGAGGCGAGCGACCACGCGGACCUAGCGACGCACCUUGGGUUCACGUAGUAUACCCACCGCGCUCAGCGGUCUUCCCAUCUGACCCGAGUUGAUCAUCGACAGGGAGGCCACGCGGACUGUGAAUGGGCUACGACUCCAUGGUGCUAAGAACGACAUGGAUUGGCGUCAGCUGACAUUGGCACUUCUACUGGUCUUGUGUGCUUUGGACCUGAAAGCAGAAAUACUCAAAGGGUAUCCCUGCAUUCGAAGGCUCAACCAGCUGUACUGUCCAACACCCGGGAACGGCUACCCAAAAGUCAAUUGGACAGGCAUUGAAGGCGGUGAGAGGUACAAGGGGAAAAGAGUCAAAAGGGAGCGCAUCGACAUGUUCAUCGACGAGAACAAGGCGCUUAUUCGGCGCAUGUUCGGCGAGUACUCGUCGCCCGACGAGGACGGUGGCCACCGGGACCACUAUGAGACGUACGACGGGAAGACCAUCCACACCAGGACGGAGAGGUCCCGCUCCUCAUUCGCCGGUGCAUCGUCCAACAAAGUGGAUGCCUGCGAGUCGGCUGUGGAAAUUGUCACACCAUACUGGGCGUCGAACAGCGCUGGCAAGAUUCGAGCCAUUGUCAACACCCAGCACUUGCAGCAGGCGAUACAGCAAGAAGUCUGCCAGUCUGUGCAGACCAAGAAGUGCAACAACGACUGCAGCUGCGAGCAAAAGUACAAGUGGCAUAGGCUCCUGGCUUACGACCCGGACGACGAUUGUAAAGGAAUCUUCAUGGACUGGUUCCUGUUCCCCUCAUGUUGUGUGUGCCGGUGUGCAAAUCCCAUAAAAAAGUGACGCGCAACGCUCCUCGUGACAUGGCUGUUCCAUUGGAUGGCAUUUGAAAACAAACGAACGCCACCCUAAAGGAAAUGCGAUAUGCUGCUUCGAAAACCCAAAGCAGAUCGCAAAUCACUCC